UUUGGUAAUUUUUGGCGCUCUUCAAGCGGUCGCAUUAUCAAAGCUGUAACUUACAGUUACUUGUUUUUUUGCAAUAAUUUUUGCACGUUUUUUUCGUCUUUGUGCCAGUUAAAAAUUGUUUUUAAAACUAACAUAAUGGAACGCUACAAUCGCGUCUAUAGAGACCCCGCCUCCCCACUGGCACCCCUAACUCCGCGCACCACCGAAGCCUUUACCUUUGACGAUGUCACGCCCACUGUCGCCGCCCCCGGUAGGAAGGGUUCCACAAAAUAUGGACUUUUUGGGAUCCCGAAGGCCAAUAAUCUCACGGUUCCCUCAUCUCGGCCAGCCCCAGCUUCGAAACAGUUACCAAAUGCUAGUUUACAGCCCCGGCGUUUUUCACAGAAAUUCAUGCGCACACGAUCCGUAUUUUCGCCAACGAGUCAAAGUACCCUUCUAAAUGGAGGAUCAAGCACUCUGUCCGGCGAAUCCUGCAUUCCCGUGGAUGCCAAAUUGCGGACAAAGAGCGGGAGCAGGCCCAAACCGGAUAUCCGGCUGCUGCAGGAAACGCGGCUGAAGCAGGAGGCAUCGAGGUUGAAAGCGGAGAGGUCUAAGAUCAAGGUGGAGAACCCCAAGAGUCCCGUGCCACGCAUUGUCCAUCCACGCUACAAGCCCAGCUCCCCGGUGGAGCACCCCUCGUUGAGUCCGCGUGUAAAGUCCCUGCUCGAUCGCACUGGGAACGAGCAACUCACGGAGCUGUUCACCCGCCAGGAGAUCGACCUCGAGGUGCUCAUCCAAAUGACCCUGGAGGACUUGGCGGCGCUGGGCGUCCGCGGCGCUCGGGAGGUCAGACUGGCCCUGAACAUCAUCCAACUGGCCAAGCAGUUCUUUUAAUUUUAUUGUCACCCAUAGAGUUAGGCGAAUUUUUAAUGUUUUACUAUAUGUCAUGUGGAAUUUUCAUUUGUAUGUGAGAUUUUAAUAAAUGUUUAUUGUGGUCUUA